UUUUCACUUCUCUUAUUUAGAUAGUUCUUUUUUUUUUCUUCUUUUUCCAAAAUGGAAUUGGUUUACGGUUCUUUUUGUGUGCUUCGUUUGGACGAUUACGAUGUUCGCGAGGGUUUAAAGCUAUUAUAGGAGUCGUUUCUUCCUUGGAUUUAGGGUUUGUUGUUUGCUUAAACGGUUGGUUUUUAUAUCGUUUGCUGCACAUUCAGCAUAAUGUAGAUUUGGGGCCUUGGUCUGAAAAAUCUGUUUGUCGUAUUGUUAUGAAGUCGAGAGGGGCUGUUGGGUGGUUAAUUUUUUUCCUUAACUUGGAAAAUGAAUUUGUUGAUUUUUUCCCCGUCAAAUUAGAUUUUCUCCAUUAUUUCUUAUUGACGGCCUAUCUUUGUCUUGCUUGGGCAAUGAGCAUAUUCCAAUACUUAUCGAGGUUUCAGAAUGCGUGUAUAGAUUACAACUUACAACCUGGAUGUUCCUCUCUGUAUCCUUUCCGUAACUGAUAGUUUUCCUUGUCCGAGCCUUGGUUUGUUUUUGAGAAACUACAAUCUAAAAGCACAAUGAUGAUGAACUUUUUGUGGGGAAUGUUGUCAAACAUAAAUCUUCAAGUAUUGAGGAGUCUGUUGUUGAUGAUUUUUACACGGCAUAAUUUUUUUUUUUUUUUUUGUCCUGGUGGGAGGAGGUGUUUGCAGGGAACCCGGUUCUUCUUGGAAGGUUUUAAUUGGCAAUUGUGUGUUUUAACCUGCUGGACCGAAUUGCCUCUAGGAUAAUUCUUCAAAUAAAAUACAAGCCCCUCUUGUAACACAAUGCACAGCAGACAUUCUAAACCCAUGAAGCUCGUGAAGACCUUCCUACAAUUAAAUUAUCUGCUGCAAAUUAUGUUUUCGUCCAGUAAUCUUGAUAACUGAAGCAAUGCUUUUUGUAGUUUUUAAAUUGGGACAAGCAUGCGGGUAGCCGUUGGUUUUCAUUGCCAUCCUUUGGAGCAUGGCUGUGCGACCUAGCUUCAGAAUGUCACUGCAUAAGCUUCUUUACAUCGUAAUAGUGCUGGUACUUGUAUCUAGUGCUGUGAUUGGGAUCUUCAUUCCUUUCCAGAAAAUUUCAUAUUUUUUCCGCCCACUUUGGGACAAGCCCCCUGCCCCCUUCAAACGCCUCCCUCACUAUUAUGCAGAGAAUGUCUCGAUGGAGCAUCUCUGCAACCUUCAUGGUUGGUCUAUACGCUCAGAGCCGAGACACAUCUUUGACGCCAUAAUAUUUAGCAACGAGUUAGACCUCCUUGAGAUCAGGUGGCGUGAGCUUAAUCCCUAUGUGUCAAGGUUCGUAAUCCUCGAGUCUAACAUUACUUUCACAGGCAAGCCCAAGCCCUUAUACUUUGCUACAAACCAAGCUCGUUUUGCCUUUGCCGAAGGAAAGAUUGUCCACGGUGUCUUUCACGGGCAAGCAGGUUUCCGGUGGUCACGCGAAGGUCCAUUUCUACUUGAAUCAAAACAGCGAGGAGCUAUGAAUGGGUUGAUCCGCAAUUCAGGGAUAGCAUACGGCGACUUACUCAUAAUGUCCGAUGCUGAUGAGAUUCCAAGUCCGCACACUUUGAAGCUACUGCAGUGGUGUGAUGGGGUGCCACCUGUAAUGCACCUUGAAUUGAGAAAUUAUAUGUACUCAUUUGAGUUCCCCGUUGAUUACAACAGCUGGCGGGCUGCAGUCCACACUUACCAAGCGAAAACCUGGUAUAGCCAUUCACGCAAAACCGAUCUCAUAUUUCCCGAUGCGGGAUGGCAUUGUAGCUUUUGCUUCAGAAAACUCAAGGAAUUCGUGUUUAAGAUGACCGCAUAUAGCCAUGCCGAUAGAGUUAGGAGGAAGGAUUUUCUAAGUUACUCAAGAAUACAGAAAAUAAUUUGCGGAGGAGAUGAUCUUUUUGAUAUGCUGCCGGAAGAGUACACAUUUAGGGAGUUGAUUAAGAAAAUGGGUCCUAUUCCGAAAUCAGCUUCUGCUGUUCAUCUGCCUGCAUAUCUGAUAGAAAACGCAGAGAAGUUCAGGUUUCUUCUACCCGGGGGGUGUUUGAGAUCGGUAUAAUUGAGGUGUUCUUCAAUACCCGGAGACUAGUAGAGAAGGUUUUUCAGAAUUGAGCAGAGAGUUUCUUUUUUCUUUUUUAGUAGAAACAAAAAUUUGGUCUGCUGCUUCUUUAUUUUAUUUUCAGGGGGAGGAAGCCAGAGUUGUGGUGAGAUGAUGUAAAGAUGUAGCCGACUCUUGUUUACUGAGUUAUCAGAAUAGAAUUCAGAAAGUGUGUAUUUAUAUA